GUAGUUGAACGACUUGAAGACUCUUGUGACUCUUAUUGUUUCUUUUACACUGAUUGUGAGUGAGUGCAGAGUGUAUAUCAGUUUUGGUAAUUUUAAUCAAUUUGAGUCGACAGUCACUCCGGAGAGUAUAAUAUGGAAAGUUUUGCGAAAAAGCUCGGCAUCAACGAGAAGCCUGUUCUAAACAAAGCAAAGGAAAUCGAAAGAUUGAUCGAAACGAAAAAGUCUUUCUCUGUCGAUGCUUCUCUGCAGAGCAUUUUGUGUCUUCAUGUUGCUGCCAGCAUGAAAGGCACAGAUUUUGACAAAAAUCUAGCAAUCAAACUCUCUGCUAGCAGUAAGAAAACGUACAACGCCAAGCUUUACAUGCUAGAAAAACUCCUUGAUGUCCAGCCGUUGACCUCAGUGAAGGAAAUGUGUCUCAAAUUCGGCGCCAUGGAGGCGUAUGCUGAGGCCGACAAGUUAAAGAAACGAUUUGAUGAACUCUGCCAGGACGACCACGAAGACCACCCCAUGUACUCUGCAGGGGCGGUUUUUGUUGUUGCAAAAUCUCAGAAAAUCUCAGUUGAAAAAGCGAAGAUAGUCGAGUUGGCAAGAACUACGUGGACCCAACUGGAGUCAGUUAUUGAAAAAAUGAAAAAAUUGUUUCAAUCUGGACAAACCAGCAGCUCUAAAAAGACCAAACCCAAAAAACACGCUUUGCAGGAAAUUUUGGACAACAUUGCUGAUAACAGCAUUGACGAUGAUAGUAAAACUAGAAAAGAGGAGGAGGUCAAAUCUGAUGAUGAGGAAGACUAUGAGGUGUGGAGGAAAAGGAUGAUAAAGGAGGCUCACGAGGAGUUGGAGCAGGAUGCGAAAAGGCCAAAGAAGGAAACAAGUAGGAAUAAUUAGGUUAUUGAUUGUUUUGAUCUCAAGCAUCUUGGAGCAGUAUCCCGUGCCAAUUUUUCCUGAAAAGUCCCUGAAUUUGCGACUAACAAUAAGACAAAUAGCUGGUUAGCGGUGAUGUUUUCUAAAUUUAUGGGCUGUCUAUUAUUUGGUCAUGUCGCUUUAAUUUGGUCUUUUUCUGCAGUCAUGAAUUACUUAAAAUUUAAUAUGAAAUAUUUUUCACCUAACUCAAUGUUCAAUGGUGUCAAAAAAAAUUAAACCAACAACCUUCCUUGAUUGAUUUGAAGCCGCAGCUUGUCAGAAUAAGUUCAAAGAGGAACAAAAUUUGUUGCUUAAAAACCCUUAAACUAGGCACAUUUGAAAUUGAGGUCAAAAAAUUCCAUUUAUACGUGUUAAAAAUUUAUUGCUUAAAUGAAUAAAAUUCACAUGAUUAUUUUUUCUAA